AUGUUUAAGCACUACUCGGGAGCGAGGACUGAUGCAAUCACUGCUCUGCAUCAGAAGUACGGCAAGAUUGUGCGCAUUGGACCAAACUCGCUGUCGUUCUCGUCGCUGCAGGCCGCCAAAGACAUCUAUGGCCACGGAACUGCAAGUUUCAAGGACAAAUUCUAUGAUUCUCUGGCAGGUGUCCACCGGCAGCUGUUUGAUUCCAUUGAUAAAGACGAGCAUGCCACAAAACGGAAGCUUUUUGCGAAUGCCUUCGCCCAAAAGUCGGUCGAGGAAAAGGAGCAUAACGUGAAUAUUGAUAUUGCUGAACUUGUUCACCAAUGGGAUCAACUGUGCACUGAUCCUCCACGCCAUGGCCAGAAUGUGUUUGAGGAGCAUGAGCUCACAGACGCUAGGCGUUGGUUCAAUCUUCUUACGCUUGACCUAGCGGCGGAUUUUGCUUUUGGAAUCAAACUUGGCUUUGUCGCCGCAGGAGAUGACUUGGCCACAUGCGAAACCAUCCGUGGCGAUAAAUACCAAGCGCACCCGGAAGCAGGAACCUAUCACAACCUGCUUAUCCUGUCCACCCUUGGGUACGCCGACCCCGCGUAUUUCAAGAUCAAUCGGAAACUGUUCGGGUGGCAUCCUGGAUUCAACGCCGGCGAGGUCUUCAGCGAUUUUACCAUCCACCUGAUCCGACAAAGGAUGGCCGCGGAGGCUGAUGGCGAGAAACGCACCGACUUCUUCGAGGCACUGAACUUCACUCGCGACGGCGUGCCCACUGCCAUGGAAAUGGGUGAGCUGAUCCAAGAAUGCGCCCUGCUCAUGAACGCCGGCAGCGAAACCACCACAUGCGCGCUGCAGAACAUCUUCCACUUCCUCAUCCGCCAUCCCCAUUGCAUGCAGGCCCUGUACGAGGAGCUCGAGACCGCUUUCGAUGACGACGAAGAGAUCGUCCCCGCUUACGACAAGGUCAAGUUCUUGCCCUAUCUCCGCGCUGUUAUCGAUGAGACGUUGCGUCUUCGCCCGAGCCUGGGCAUCGCGUUGCCGCGCGUUACGCCGCCACAGGGUAUGAUCAUCGAUGGUGUAUGGGUUGCCGGCAACACGACUGUCAGUGCACCUCACUGGACGAUCCAUCGGGAUCCCGAGUUGUUUGAGCGCCCGCUCGAGUUCCUCCCGGAGCGGUGGCUGGGUGCGGACGCGGCCAAGCUGCAGAAGGGAUUCAUGCCCUUCAGCUCGGGCGCAAGAGCUUGCAUUGGAAGGAACAUGGCAUACAUGGAGCUGACUAUGAUUGUUGCGACUCUCGUCCAUAGAUAUCACUUUGCACUUCCUAGUCCGGAAUGGAAACCGACAAUCCUUGAGAGCAUGGUGAUCAAGUCCGGUCCCAUGCCAGUGAAGAUCUGGACGAGAAGGAGCGCCAGAGAGGUGUAA